CUCCUUCUUUGGUCAUUGUCUCAGUUCGGCAGCUCGUCGCAAUUUCACACCCACAAAAUGUGCGACUCGGCGUGCGACCGAGUAGCCCACGCUCCGGGCUGUGUCCUCGGCGUCUUGCAGCGUGCUCUUGUGGAUGAUGCAGAGCCCGUCUCAUUGCCCAGGCGACUCGAGAGCGUUGCUGUAGCGCUUGAAACUGCGGCUGCAGACCCGACGACGGCGUCGCGACUGGAGAACGACCUCUGCAACCGGACGCUCGAUCAGGACGGCCGCGACACGGCACUCGCAUUGGCAGUGCGCACGCUGCAGCCGCAGUUGGUUGCUGGGCUGCUUUUGCUGGAGCCGAGCAUCGUGGGAAUUGACUCCAAACUCACAUGUGAAGCCCUUCGACUCAUGACCACGACCACGACCACCGCCCCACCACCACCACCACCACUCCCACAGGACACUCGCGCUGCAGAGAAUGCACUGCUGGAUGCGGCAAGCGGUGAUGCCGAAGCAAGGCUGGGCGCGCUGCUGCAGAAGGCGCGUGCGACCACGACGGCCCAGCGGCAGGUUUCGGGCGUCUCGCUGUCGGCGUUGCGACGGGUCGUGCUACGCGGCGUCGACCAGGAGGCCAACGGCGCAUCGCUGUAUUGUGCUCUGUGCAUCACAUUGCUGCUGGCUCAUUUUGGCCGCGACACGGUGUGUGUGCGCAGCGCGGAUGACAGCGACGAGGACGACUCACGCCAAUUGGACGGCGGAUUGGACGUGCUCGCGCCGUGGAUUGAGCUCGGGCGUCGUGAUGCCUGGCCUGCAGACGCGCUCUCGUUCGUAACAAGCGCGCUGUGUGCACGAGUUGGACCAUUGCCGCCGAAAGUUGGCCCCGUUCGCAAUCCAGAUUUGUUUUUAGCGCACUGGCAGGCAAACCGACUUGCUCGACAGUCCUCCGCAGAACCUCGAAAUCUGAAAUCGGAAGGGGUGCACCACUCCAACGGCUCCUUGCGUCGAACCGUGCUUGUGCACGAAGCACAUGUCCGCGAUGCCGACUCUGCGUCAACUGCCACGAGCAGGUCGUCGAAUCGGACUGGUUCGGGAGACUCGACCGCCCCGCUGCUAGCUCACACCUUUGAGGACGAGGGAGGGAGUUCUGACUCCAGUCGAGGCUCGAGCCGUGGCAGUAUUCAAGCAAGCACCACCGGCAUUCUUCCAGGAUCUGGGAAUGGAGGACAAGAUUCCCUCUUCCCCCCGCAAGACCCGUCGGCAACUGGCCGGUCUGCGUCGACCAUCACGCUUUCCUCGCAACUGUCCGCAUCCGCUGCUCAGGAUCCCGCUCCAGCUCCAGCUCCAGCUCCAGAGCACAGCUUGAACAGCUUGAACAGUCACUUAUAUCCGGCCAAUCCUGUCUCUACAGAGCCCGUGCGGCUUCUGGGAUCGCCUCACGGGUCGUCGUCAGGACUGCCGGAUGCCAGUCGUCCGAAUCUGAUCAUCCCCCGCAUCGCAUCCGCCCUUAGCGAUGCUGCUGUGGAGCCAGCUACGCCGGACGCAUGUGACUUGGACGGCUUGGUGCCUGAAAAGGCUGUGGCCGCGCUCACGAAGGGUGCACGCACGCCUCGAUCGUCUCCUUCCUCGUCACGCACAAACAGCAUUCUCUCACCUGAAAUGAUUGCGAUGGCAACUCUCAAGGUGCCGCCUCGGGGCCCAGAGGCAGGCCCUAGCAACCCAUCUGACCACGAUACGGUUGCCUUGACCGUCCAGGACUCGUCCUCGGAUCCGUUUGCUGAUGAGUCGACGGGUCUCGUCAUGCGUUCGCCCCAGCUUCGAGCAGCAGCAGCUUCGUCGACCAACGGUACCCUUGCGGCGGGGGCGCUCGCUACGCUUGGCGCGGCGCUUUUGGGAGGUGCCCGUUCUCCGACGAGCGCGAGCGCCCAGCCAGCAUCAUCCGCGACACUCAACCGCAAGCCUUCUAUCGGUCAAGCAGACACUCGUGAGGUGUUUGAAACUACCGCCGCUCGACGCGAAAGCGAGCAGGAACGAGAGGAAAUGCAAGACCACAUCGACGAUCGCUUCUUCAACGAAGUGCACAGCUCGACCAACUUGCUCGAGGAGGCCAUGUUGCGCUCCUCGCGUCGUCGCGCUCCUUCCGUGCUACGGCCUACUCACACAGAGUCGGCCAUUCCUGAUGAUCGGCAUGAGCGCCAUGUGAUGGAACUCACGGGGAUGCCGCUCGCGUACAACACGCAGGACGACGAUAUCGAGCACGGGGGAAGCCACCACCACCACCACCACCAUGACCAUGUAGACUCUAUUUUCUCGGAAGCACCAGGCGUACCGAGAAAUGACUCGGCGGCAGACAUGCAACACACCCCGCCGCUGACUCGCGGAUUUAGUAGUCCUGCGCUGGCCGAACAAGAUUCGUUGGCAACUCCACGCCAGCCUCGCCGAGUUGUCAUUCAGGAACGGGUCGAGGCAGACGCAAGCAGCCACUAUGAUACGCGGCGCACCCUCAAUCGCAAGCGGAACAAGGGCACGGAAGACAAGCAAUCGGCCGCCUACGCCGUCAGUCUUAUGGGCCGCUAUCGUGACCAAUGGUUGAUGCAGCUGCUGAGACAAGGCGCCAAAGAUGGAGAUGAUUCUGGCCUGCCUCACAUCCCCAAGCUCCAAACCCUCGACCCAGCCAUGGCAAGGCGAAUGACUGAUCUGCUCGAGCACCAUUCGACAAGCGGGCACCACACGUCCAGGAGCGGAGAGGAAGUGAGGAGCAUUGUCUCGUUCGUCUCGGAUGCACGUCCGCGCCUGGCCGAAUCCCAUCCUCGCUACACCAUCAUGUCUCAGACAAAUUCGACCCGCACCUACGCUGAUUUGAGCGAGCUGCUUUCGCACAACCCAGAUGAAGUGCUCUCGCCGGGAGGCCAGCAAUUUUGGAUUGAUGUUCACAAGCCCACCAAGCACGACAUGCGAAUGAUGGAGCAUGUCUUUAACUUGCAUCCGCUGACCACCGAAGAUGUGCUUUCCGACGACACGCGAGAAAAGCUGGAAGUUUACGACAACUACCUCUUCAUCUGCUUGCACUCGUACUCGCUCAACGAAAUGGACUACUCGCUCAACGACAACGGCCUCGUGUUUGUCUGUCUGUUUGCCAACUACGUCAUCACGUUCCAUGAUGUGGUCUCGCCGCCCAUUACGCGCGUGUAUCAGCGUCUCAAGCGCAAAGCUAGCCACGUCCGCCCUGACUGGGUGGUGUACUUUGUGCUCGACGAGAUUGUCGAGCUGCACGGGCCGCCAGUGGAUGUGUCGGAGGCCGAAGUCGAGUCGAUUGACGACCUCGUGGUGACUCUGAGCGGCUCGGAGCAGGCCGACUUUUUGCGCAGAACUGGCCAGGCACGCAAGCGCCUCACCGAUCUGUACCGCCGGCUGCACCCCAAGCGCGAGAUUCUGAGUUCCUUGCUCAGUCGUCCCAUGCCGCAUGUGAGCAAAAACACAAUGCUGUACUUUCGAGAUGUCUUUGAUCACGUCCUUGGUCUGAUGAUGAGUCUCGAGGUUUCGCGCGAAACGCUCAACACGGCGCAGUCCCAGUACCUUGGCAAAGUCAGUAUCGAGGUGGCCUUCCUCAGUAACGAGAUUGCGGUCGUCAUGAAGCGUCUUACGUACGGCGCCACGGUCCUGCUGCCCCUGACCCUUGUGGCUGGCAUCUUUGGCAUGAACAUUUACCUGCCCUUCCAGCUGGGCAGCGACCAGCCGCUUUCAGACACCUUUUGGCCGUUUAUUUUCGUCAUGCUGUUCAUGGCUGUGUUGAGUUUUUCGAUUGUCUACCUGGUACGACGAAUGGAGACUCGGCUCAGGCGUUAGAGGUUGAGCUGUAGUUGUGCCUGCAGCGUUUUCAUGUUAACUAUUUUUUACAUACAUUUUAUUCUACUG